CUUUUGCUUUUGCUUGCUUGCAACUUGCAACCAUUCCAUUUAGAAAACAAAAAUAAUUUUCUAUAAAACUUUACUUUAAUAAGAUUGUUUCCAAACAAAUAUAAAUUGUUUAAACAAUGGCUCACUACAAAGGAGCAGCCAGUGAAGCUGGGCGUGCAAUGCAAUUGAUGAAAAAACGUGAAAUCGCCCAACAAGAAAUUGAAUUCCGCAAAAAGAAAAUCGAAGAGGACUUGAAAAUUUCUAAUAUUGAAAACAAAUUCGCCAGCCACUACGAUGCUGUGGAACAACAACUCAAGACCUCCACCAUUGGAUUGGUCACGUUGGAUGAGAUGAAAGCCAAACAGGAGGACAUUGUGAGAGAACGUGAAAAGAAACUAGCCCAGAAGAAGGACGAGAAAGAACGUGAGAAACUGCGAGCUCUGGAGGCAAUCCAAGCCGAGAAGAACAAACAGAAACGACAAAUUCAAGCUUUAUCCUUUACCUUGGACGAAGACGAGGCUGACGAAGAGGAUGAAGACAUAAAACCACUCGAAAUAAAGCCCAUCAAGAAAUGGAAAACAGAGGUGCAAAGCGACGAACCACAGAAAAAGAAAAUCUGUAAGAACCCAGAUGUGGACACCUCAUUCCUGCCUGAUCGGGAACGUGAGGAGAGAGAAAACCGUCUGCGAGAAGAACUCCGCCAAGAGUGGGUUGCUCAGCAGGCUGCCUUGAAGGACCAAGAGAUCACAAUUACCUUCAGUUACUGGGACGGCUCGGGACAUCGUCGAAGUGCAACCAUGAAAAAAGGCAAUUCCAUUUAUCAAUUUCUGCAAAAGUGUUUGGAAGUUCUGCGCAAAGAAUUCAACGAACUGAAAACUGUUAUGGCCGACCAAUUGAUGUAUGUCAAGGAGGAUCUGAUUCUACCGCACCAUUACACUUUUUAUGAUUUCAUUGUGACGAAAGCCCGUGGUAAGAGUGGACCUUUGUUCCAGUUCGAUGUCCACGAUGAUGUUCGGAUGAUUAGCGAUGCAACAGUGGAGAAGGAGGAGUCCCAUGCGGGAAAAGUGCUGUUGAGGAAUUGGUAUGAGAGGAACAAGCAUAUCUUUCCGGCUAGCCGCUGGGAACCUUAUGAUCCCACCAAGACCUAUGAUAAGUACACAAUUAAAGAUAAGAAUAAGAAAUAAAUGUCUAUUGAUAGUAAAGCUG